AACAUCUUUCCAUCAUAGUUAAGGUUAAACGAAUACACGUGAGAUCUUGUUUUCUCCUUCUUAAUUCUCAGUUACAGGACGUUAGAAGUGUAUAGUAAUCUAUGAAUUUGGGCGUAUUUAAUAGAGUUAACCUUAAGGACUCCCAAGGAGGAAUGUAUUCCGAAUGGGCUUCGCUAAGCAUUUUAGUUCAACAGGGUUCGGAAGAAAGUCAAAGUGUUCUCGAGAAAUUUUCCCCUGGAGCAGGCAAAGAAGUUGCCUUGUCUAUUGUACGUCAACUCGCCGCGAAUCUUGGUAUUACCCAAGCGGCCGAACCUAGUCCAUUAUGCACGGAUAAAGAAGUACAAUGGUGUAUGGAAGUAAUAUGUUUUGGAUUAUCAUUACCUUUGGCUGAACACGACACUGUCAGAGAUUGCGUUAAUGUGUACUGUGAAUGGUUGUCUGCAUUGUAUUCUACACCAAAGAUUUGUGUACCCACGCCAAUCAUAGAUGAUCCAAACUUCUAUGCCAGAAAAAUAAUAAGCCAUUUUCAUAAUUUAUUUGUACCACGAAAAGGAGAAGUCUGGCCAUUUUUAUAUCAGGAUAUAGGAACUGAUACGAUUAAUAGACAGGCUGUUUUGUGUCAUAGAGUACUUAGAACAUUACAACAAAUUGCAAGAGGUCCUGCAACUUUAGAAAGAGAAACUUGGGAAAGCUUGCUAUUAUUUCUUAUUGGAAUUAAUGAUGCUCUUUUAGCUCCUCCAGCAACAAGAGAAGAUGCUGGAGAACAGUUAUGUGAAAGAGUUCUAGGUGUAUUGUUGGAGGUUUGGCUAGUGGCGUGCGAGCGUAAUUUUCCGUCUCCACCAUUAUGGCGUACAUUACGAGAGUCUUGUCUUCGAUGGAGACACAGAUUAGCAUUAGUAGAGCAAUGGAAUCGUGUCUGUCUUGCCCUUACCGCGAGACUUCUACAAAUUAUGUAUGGUCCGAUAUUUCCAGAAUUAAAAAUAAGCGAGGAAGAUUCUCAACUUGUACCACCGACAAUGUCGGACGAAGCGGUGGCACAAGCAUGGUACAGGCUUCUACGAACUAUAGGGGAUCCAGUUGAUUUAUGUAGACCAGCCGUUGUUUCACAAACGCAAGCAUUUUUGCAAUACGCUAUUGCGAGCCCGAACGUUAUAGAUCCUUGUCAGCAUCCAUGCUUGCAAAGUUUACCACAAAUAUUCUUAAAGGCCAUAAAAGGUAUAGCAGGUCAAGUUGAUGCUUUUCUUGGAGUUUCACAGGCAUGUUGCUGGGAAGAAUGUUGUGUAUCUUCCAUUACGUCUGGAUCUGCUAGCAUUGGAAGCGGUGGUGUAGGGUGGGACAAAUCGAGUGGCAAGGAUCUGACACAACCUUCUCCUACACCUCCGACACAACGAAGACUUGCCAAAAGUUUCAGUGUUACACCUUCUGCAGUGACUAAGGGAAUCCCAAAAGCGUCUUUAAUCGGUUUAACAACAAGCCGUGUUUCAAGCACACCACCCAUGUUAAUAUCUAAUUCGGGACCUUCGUCUGCUUCAAGUACAACAUCUAUGACUUCCUUAGUUCAAGAUAUUAGACCCCCUUUAGCUCCAGGCCGUCCAAAAUGCAACAGUAUACUGCACCUUUUCGGAGAGUGGUUAUUUGAAGCUGCAUUUAUUGGCACUGAUGGAUGGUCACAAACUUUACCGCGUAGGUAUUAUGAACCAUCGGGUGCGACGAAACGUCCAUCUUCUGUACUCGUCGAAGGUCCUAGUUCGUUACAAGAAACUGUAAAUGACGUUCCACCAACACUUUGCAUAGAUCGUUACGAAUCUGGGAGAGCGGAAGCUCUGGGUGCGCUGUGUAGAAUAUUUUGUGCUAAAAAAACCGGCGAAGAAAUUUUACCGGUGUAUCUAGCUAGAUUUUACCAGGCAAUGCAUCACGGUCUUAAAGUUGACGAAUCUCGAGAAUGCGGUGAAACGUUGGCAGGCAUUCUUUUGAACUCUGCGGAUUUGUUUCGUUUAGAUUUAAAUGGCGUGCAAGUAGUGGUGCCUGCGGUGAUCUCGGCAUUAGAGACUGUACUUCCAGAAAAAGAUUUGAAACUGAAAUCUAACAUAGUCUCAAAACCAGAUCUACGAAGAGCUUCGAUACAUUUAUUGAUAUCAAUGUUGGCACUACCCCUCCAUUUUCAAAAUCUUACUAUCAAGGGACUGCCAACAUUUUCGAGUCCAAUGAUUUCAGACAAGGGUCACGUAACGUUUGCUCAGUUAAAAUCCAGACUUAUGAAUUUGCUUAUAAAUGCGUUACAAGUGGAAACUGAUCCUCAGAAUACUCAUAUGUUAUUAGGAGCUCUUUUAUUAAGCGUACAAGACUCUGCAGCGGCAGAAGAAGUGGAGCAAGUCACGCAACCAGACACCGUGGCACACGAUUCGACUGUAAAUUUGUUGUCGUCAGUCACCAGCGAUUCAACCAGUCAAAUAAGUAUAUCCAGUGAUCAACGAUCGCUCGGCGAAGCCUCUGAUAUUACAACUCUUCAAGAGGAAUGUAUUGCAUUCGACUCAGCACAUGCUCUUUUCGUUCGAGCAACAUACUUAGUCUGUCACAGAUUAAUAUCUUCAUGGAAAACAGAUUUAAAUAUUUCAUUGGCUGCUCUCGAAAUACUAUCUGGAUUAGCAAGGACACGGAUUCGCGAAACAGGUACAAUCGUAACGUAAGUAACUCUGUUUAUGAAUAUUAUAGAUGCAUUGGAAUGUAAGCGAGCUGUGAAGUGGCUUUGCGAUUACAUUGCAUAUCAAUGUUGGCGACCCCCGCCAGCUCAUUCGAAGGAUCUUCAUUCUUCCAUUGUCGCUGCUUUUAGUUGCUUAACAAUUUGGUUAACGGCUCAUCCACAACUACUACAAGAUAAAGAUUGCCUAACGACAGUUUUGGAGGUGGUCGAACUUGGUGUGUCAGGAACAAAAAGUGUAGGAAAACCUGGGGAACCUAUUAAAAUGAAAGACGAGAAAGAAUUGAAACCGGCAUCCAUGCGUGUUAGAGAUUCCGCUGAUGCGCUUCUCACUGUUAUUCUUGAACAAGUUGGUUAUUUCCCAAGCGCAUGCGGAGCACAGUCGUUAUCGUCAUUAUUAGACGAAGUAUCGCUUCUUCGACAUUGCAACAGUUGGACCGGUGGUCGAGUGCCACGUCAAGCAGCGAUUGAAAGAUUUCGAUAUUUCGUGGCCGAGAAUGCUACCAUAUUAGCUCUAUUAGAGGAACCUCUUGGAAACGAUCAAGAUCCGCAGCCCACCGUGACUGUGUUAAUACGCGGUCCGUUCGGUAGACACGCAUGGACGAUGCAGCUUCGACAUUUACCAAGGCAUAGAUCGAGUAUAAGAAGCGUAAAUACAAAUCCUGGUCGACCACUGCCAUUAGCAGAACCUGCACCGCGAACAGAUUAUAAACCGAAAUUCUUUCCUGAUAACGUUGAUCGAAUUCCUCAUUGCAAAGUGGAUGAAUCCAUACCGAGCCUUGAAGCUGUCAUGAACGAUAACAACAUAGUGAGAAACGAGCAUCAAACUUUAUCGCAAUUAUUGGAGCGUCAAAUGAAUAUCGAGUCGAAAUACCGCGACGGAAAUGAUAAAACGUCCGAUGAGAAAACGGAGGAGUGCGUACCUCCGCGUAUCUGCCAUGAGUUUCAAACUGCGCGUCUCUUUUUGAGCCACUUUGGUUUCUUGAACAUGGAGCCGAAAGGGGACGAUGAAUCUCGAAAUAGCGGUCUUAUCGCUUUAGACCCAACCAUUCCAGGAUUUUGUUUAGAUUUAGAAACCUUGGAUAACAUUAGUCCAAGAACGUGUGAUACUGUAUAUAUAUUUUACGUGAAAGCUGGCCAAAAAGCCUCAACAGAAAUAUUAUCCAAUGUGCUACACGAAGCGAACGUGUCUUCGAACUUUUUGGAAUUUUUAAAUUCUCUUGGAUGGCCAGUCUCUGUGUCGGCUCAUGCUGGUUGGACAGGUCAUGUUUCUACCUCGUGGAGGGUAACGCCACAGCUGAAUGUGCCACAACCGGCUCACAGUGAUCACGGUGGAGCUCUUUAUGACGGCGACACUCACGUACUUUAUUGGGCAGACGUUAGUUCAGAAAUUGCAUUUAUUGUGCCGACUCAGUCGAACAAUCUGUUGAAUUCGGACUCGUUAGAAGAAACAAGUUACACUAGUGAUAUCAGUGCCAAUCAAGUCUGGUUCGAACGAAGUAUCAACGAAAAUAUUAAUACCCGAAAUUAUGGAAUAGGUCAAAACACUAUGCAAAACUCACGAGCAAUGUCACUUGAUUUAGAAAAACAGCCUCCCAGUUUAACAGGAUCGAGUCCCUCGAGUUCCUCUAACGCAGAUCCAGUUAAGCCAAGAAGAACAUUGAAACAAGUUCCACCAGUGCAAACAGACAUUAAAAUUAUGGUCGUGUGGUUGGAAAGUUUAGAGGAUUAUGCUCAAUUUCCUAUCGGUGAUCUUCUCUCCUCUACUUAUACUGGCCUCGAACAAUCCAGAGUAAUACAACCGUCAGACGUGCAAGUAAUUUUUCUUCAGGCUCUCGGCAGUGGAUUAAUGAGAGUCAGAUUACAAGGUCCAGUUUCUAGAAUCAAUUUAGCCACUCCCUUAAUUGAUGGAAUGGUCGUGUCCAGAAGGGUAUUAGGAACACUUGUUAGGCAAACGGCGUUAAAUAUGGGUCGUAGGAAACGACUUGAUAACGAUAGUUAUCAUCCACCACACGUGCGGCGACGCUUAAAAAUACAAGAGAUUGUACAGAAAUAUAGGAAGAAUUUAACUGAUCCGGAAUUACUAACGUUAUUGUUUAGCAGCACUCAAACUUAUCAAGUCUAA